UGGGCAUUUGAGGGAAGUUAUCAGUUCACUACCAGGUGUGCACAGGACAAUACAAAGUCUAACAAACUAAAAAAUGGCUUCAAAGGUGUGCUUUUUAGCUUUGAUGGCUUUAGCAGCUAUGGUUGCUGCUGACGACGGUCACUCACACAUUCACAUCUCCAAACACGAAGGUCACCACCAGCCUGUGGAAAUAAAGGACAAACAUGGACAUCACCACGUGGACUACUAUACGCAUCCCAAAUACAAGUUCGAGUAUGAAGUAAAGAGUCACCACACUGGUGAUCACAAGUCUCAUCAUGAGCACCGUGAUGGCGACAGCGUCAAGGGAGAGUACUCCCUGCAUGAGCCUGAUGGUUCCACCAGACAUAUCCAUUACCAUGCUGACAAGCAUACUGGUUUCCACGCCGAUGUGAAACACAGCGUCCACCAUCUAGUACCGGAUAAACAUCAUCAUUGAUAUAAUAAAUUAGGAUUAAAUAAAACGUGUUUAUAGAUUUAACACGUUUAACAUUGUUUU